AUGGAUGAUUUACAAUUAAAUAUAUCUGCUGCCAAAACGAUUAAUAGAAAUAAAAAGUCAGGUAUAAAUCAAAAAAAUGCUUCAGAGUACAAAUUUUUAUCAAAACCUGUGGUUAGUGGUAAAAUAAUAGCAAGAAAGAGACCACAAAAUGCACGUAAUACGAAGUUUUCUAUGCAAAAUUCUGAAGAGCCACAACUGAAGGUAGCCAAGGUAUCUGGCACUCCAGAUGUAAAAUCAGUAGACUUGGAGUCAAAUUUGAGAGAUCUAAGUGAAAAUAAAGGUAAAUUUAAAGAGAAAAACUAUCAGCAGCUUAUUGACGACUUGCAAAUUAAACAAAAACCUAGAAGUGGAGGUUGGAUUUCUUCUUUGUUUAAAAACAAUCCUGAUGUACCUCGUAUUGGUCAGAAAGCAGUUAAACCAAUAGUAGAAAAAGUGUUUACUGGUCAGACAUUCUUAGAUUUGGAUCUUCAUCCUCAUAGUGUUGCAAAUUUACAUCAAAAUUUGAAUUUAAAACAGCUUAUGACAGUACAGCAAAAUGCUAUUCCAGUCAUACUGCAAGGCAGAGAUGUUUUAAUUAGAUCACAAACAGGGUCGGGAAAAACUUUGGCUUAUGCAUUACCUAUUAUAGAAGGUUUACAGGCUAUUAGACCAAAAAUAAACAGACAUGACGGUAUAAGAGUUGUUGUUGUGGUACCAACAAGAGAGCUAGCGGUUCAAACAUAUGAAUUAUUUGUUAAGCUAGUGAAGCCUUUCAUUUGGAUUGUACCCGGUCUUCUUAGUGGAGGGCAAAAACGAAAAGCAGAAAAAGCGAGACUACGAAAAGGACUCAGUAUAUUGGUUGGCACUCCGGGUAGAAUUAACGACCAUUUGAGGCAUACUCAUUCUAUAAACUUUGCCAAAACUGGCUGUUUAGUUCUGGAUGAAGCUGAUCGUUUGUUGGAUAUGGGUUAUGAAAAAGAUGUAGCAGCUAUUGUAAAAGCUAUAGAAGAUCACAAAAAGGCUGCAACUUAUGAUCCCAUAGCUCUCAUAAAGCAAACUGUCAAAAAGAAUGUAACAAAUGAUGAAGCACCGAAAAUUUUAGAUGAGAGUGUAGAAGAAAGCAAAGUGAAACAUUAUUUGACUGAAGUGUUUCUUUCAAAGGAAAGACAAACGAUUUUGUUAUCAGCAACUCUCACAAAGGCAGUAGAACAUUUGGCGGGUAUUACUAUGCAAAAUCCUGUUUUUAUUGACACAUCAGAAGGAAAAGUUCUGGUAGCAGAUUCAUUAAAACAGCAUGAAGUUGUCGAUAAUAAAGAGCAAAACGUAAAUAAUAAAGUGAAAAGCGACACAGAAACCCCAUUUAACAACACGGUAGCAGAAGCAGAAGAGGAAAAAAUAACUAAUCAUGAUACUUCUAUUAAUAACUAUGAAAUCAGGAGAGGUUUAAAAGCUUUUAAGGGAUUGAACCAUCUUAAUCUACAAGAUAAUGAUAAAGAUAAAAAGAUAGAGAAUUCAGUGAAUGUUGUUUCCAAAAAUGGAAUUGACAGUGAUAGUGAUUCCGAUUAUGAAUAUUUUAAAGUACAAAAAGAAUUGGAAGCUAAAAAUCCUAAAAAGGUAGAACAAAUUGAAGAAACACAAGCGGCCGAAACAGGAAAUAUCUUUGCUGAGGCACUGAAGACAGCGGUAGUUGAAGAUGAGUUAGUCUUACCAGCUACAGUGAAUCAGAAAUUUUUGAUUGUUCCAAUGAAACUAAGACUAGUGACUCUAUGCUCUCUUAUUAUUGAACAUUGUGUUUUGAACAAGAAAGGUGGUAAAAUGAUAGUGUUUAUGGCAACUACAGAAAUGGUGGAUUAUCAUUCAGAAUUAUUGGAAACGGUACUGACAGGCAAAGAAGCUAAAGUUAAAAAGAAAGCUGCAAAAAAUAAAACGGCAAACGCAAAGAAGAGAAAGCCUAAUAAUGAUGACAGUGAAGAAAAUGAGGAUAAAUCGGCAUCAUCAGAAAAUUCGGAUUCGGAUUUUGAAAUGGAGUAUAACUCACCAGAAGAAGGUGGCUUGGUUCCAGUGGAUUUGGAUGUUUUCAGUCUUCACGGGUCUAUGCCUCAUGAACAGAGAAUGGAGGUUUUUAAGCAAUUUAGAGCUGCCAGAAGAGGCUUACUUAUCUGCACUUCACCAAGGAUACCCAAAUAUACAGGAAAACGAAAGUCUACCGCCUCGGAAGCGUUGCCAUCUAAAGUCUACCACCCACGUUGCACGUCGCAACCACUUGUAGACGAAAAACCAGCUUUGUAG